UUGUUCCAUUGUUGAGGAGUGUGUUUUCCAGCUGGUCUGGCUCAGGAGCAGGGGACUCUCCAUCGGACGAUAUCAUCGCACUUUUUUUUAUAUUUUCAAUAGGCUCUUUUUGAUUGUUUGAUGGUGAAGAUGUCUUUUUCCUGCGAUCACUCCCUGGACGGCAGCUUUCCCCCGUCUCCAGCUGAGGGCAGGGGUUCACAGCGGCUGUCCUGGGGCAGUCUGCUGCAGAGGCUGACUGAGCUGAAGGGGAUCAAUCAGAGGGUCACAGCAGAUCAGUGUAGCAGCAGUGAAACUGGCUCUGUGGCAGACAUGUCCCUGUCAGACUCAGACAGCAGCUUCUUCUGUUACCCCCUGGAGGAGACCCUGGCUGCAGAGGUGGUUGCAACAAUCACACAAAGUCUCAAUGAUGCAUCAGCAACCCUGGGCUGCUCCAAACUCAUCCUACCUGACUGUCUGCUGCACAAUAUCAGCGAAGAGCUGCUGCACCUGGCUGUCAGCGAGCCCUGCGGCCUUAGAGGAGCACUUAUCGACCUGUGUGUGGACAGAGGGGACCAGGGCUCCUUAUGUACUGUGGAUCAAAUAGCAGUGGAUGCCACCCUGGUCCCGACUUUUCAUGUGACCCUGGUGCUGAGGCUGGAGUCGAGUGGACUGUGGCCAAAGGUUCAGAGACUCUUCCAUAGUAGCAAGUCACCCCAAGCACCUACAAGGCACUGUAACACCCUGAGGCUGAGUACGAGCUUCAGGGCCAUAAAGAGGAAACUGUACUGUUCAGGGGAGCUGCUGAUUGAGGAGUGCUGCUGACCAAGCACCCCUGUACCUGAUUAACUAGACUGAACUCAUAUGUGUUGUGAAAGGAGGCUGGUGUGGUAAAUAAUAUCAUGUUGCUCCACACAACAAGAUGGUCCGAAAUUAGCACGUACCUGUCUCUGUUGGUGUAUUACGUGUGUAUCAAAGGUUUCCCUGGAACCAGCUCAUGGCAGCUAAUUACCUGGUUGCAGGUGACUCAAAAGUGAACACUCAUGUUUGAACAAGGGUUGGUUUUUUCCUAUGAAUGUAAAGUCACACCCAUGUGGGUAUGGCUUACCGUAUGUAUUUGAUAGUCAAAUGCUACUUGAAGUGUGUGUGUUUUGUACUUUUCAACUUGAAGUACAUGAAGAAAUAAAUUAUUUUCUAUGAA